AUGACGAUUGACCCAGAGAAACAGACCCGUUACUGGCGCAGCCGCUGCUCUUACCCAAGGCCCUCUGCCGGCGAAGCCAACGAUGGAUCGGGCGAUGACAGCACCGACGAGAGCUGCAGUCCCUUCAAACGCAAGGCCCAACAGUUCAAGACCCUCGUGAACAGGGCUGAGGCUGAACCGUCUUGGCGCCACCGGGUCGCCGAUUGGACCCCUCCAUUCACACAGGAACACGAUUUAGAGUCUCCUUUGAAGAGAUCCGUUACAUGGAACCCCGAUUACGCCCCCUGGAACACGAAUCGUCGUCGUGCCUCUCAAAACAGCACCCAGACGGACGUGUCUUACACCACCUCUUCAUCCGACGACUCCAAAAGGCCGUCCCUGUUGGAGGGAACCGAUUCGGACGAGUUCUUGGACCCGCGUAGCCCGUACUUCAACUUCACCCAACAGAAGCCUACAGCUGCCGAUCACUUUCGUCUGCCCCUUGAUAAUGCCAACAACAACUCGCCCAGAACGUUUUGCUCCCUCGCCGACAGCCUCAAAAGUCCUCUUUUGAGUAUGGAAGCCCUGAAGAACCGAGAAGCCCCCAAUAUCAAACAAUUUCUCGAGCUUCGUCGCUCACGUGUCCUUCCCUCGCCAUUCCCCGGGCUUCCUGUGCAACGGCUAGCAGACACCAGCACGGCUGUUGCAUCUGGCGGCACGGGCAAGCUGCGCAAGGGGUGUUUUGAUGCGAGACUCGACCCUCGACUGGAGGCGUCAGAGAAAAGAGCAGAAAGAUUGGACCAGUUGGCGGUGUGGGUUGUUGCUGGACUCGUUGGGGUCUGGGUCUUGUUGGUGAUAGCAAAUCUCAGAUUGGCUGGAUACGAGGCUGCGCUGAAAGCGAUACAAAGAAAAUAA